AAGGCACAACCCUGACAGACCUCGUCUCUCCUUUCCUCCCCUCUCUUUGCCUUCCUUCCCUCGCGCCACACCGCUGAAACAUCGCUACCAGCUCCCGUCAACGUUGUGUUGAGGGCUAGCGGGGUGAAGCAGCCGCAAACUCCACCAAACACAGCGAGCGUCACACGAAACACGAGAUGAGGAUCUCUUUGCUUCAACUCUGCUUCGGCUUCCUUGCUGUAUGUUUGGUGUUGGGCGAGCAAGUUGAGGAGGCACCGUCCAGCAAUUUGUUCAAGAAGUUCUUCACCAAGACAAAGAAUGGCCUCGGCAAAGUGCGGAAGUCGCUUGCUGUUAAGAAGGACAAGGCGGUAGACGAGGAGGACCCGCUGGGAGAAGGGGUUGAGGCAGUGCUAGACGCCAUCGACGAAUUCGUGGCCGAGGGGGAGAAAAACACCGGAAAAGCGGCGGAGGACGUAAAAAAAGUUGUCGACGAGACUAAGGAAUCGGUGAAGAGUGCUAUUUCAGCCUCCAAGGACAAGUUAAACGAAGCGGGUGCCGACAUCAAGUCGACGGUAGACGCAGCUGUCGAGGGUGCCGCAGCGGAUAUGGACGCGGUCAGAGGGUCUCUUCAGGACGGCAUCAAGAAUGUCGGAGAUCAAGUCGCCGAGGCCGCUAGGGAGGCCGCGGAAUCUGCUGCGGCAGCGUCUAAAAAGGCGCAAGAGGACGCUGAAGAGACCGCCGAGAAGGCGUCCACGGCUGCGGGAGAGUUGUGAUUUGGUGGGAGAGCCGUAGACUCCCGUCCUUGUCAAUGGAACCUGAGCUAUUCGAAGAAUAGCAAGGACUGUUGGUGACGUUGCAAUAUUAGGCGGUAGUAUGAGGAGUGCAUUACGAAGAAUUCGGUAGCACCUCUUGUUGUCAGAUGUUGUGCGUGAUAAGUCCGGUUUGGUAACGUCCGUUCAAGCACUUGUUGUGCGUUUGGCUUCCUGGCGUUGCAGUCGUGAUAGUGACUGCUAAUAGGGCAACAUCUGUGACCGUUGCUCUUCCUCGCCGUGCUUCUCUUGCUGUUCAAAGUAUUAGUUUUUUUAUGCAUAUUUUGGGUUUGGUUGAAAGUGCCUCUGACUACUUGUAGAAGACCCAGACAUGCUUGACUUGGAAUUUUGAAUUUUGUAAUGUUAAAAGUACGUGCGAUUGGGGUGGUUUAUUGGGAGAUUAAGAUGUGCCCCUUUAUUUGGACGUUGCACUCAAUUUUUUGUCUGUCGAGCGUCCGCCGCCAGGUUUUUGUGGGCGCUGUCUGAUGUUAAUGUCUGGUACGGUUUAUAUCCCUUGUGUAUGGAAUCGGUUGGCCUUAGUAGAGCAGGAGUGCCAUACCGUUGUUUGAAAGUAGAGUAUCAGGACGAAUUCAACGUUCCUUCUUGCUUUUCGCACAUUGUGCCAAUCCAUCAUGUCACGAGGGCUGCUUCGACGAUGAUGUUUUUCAUUGCAGUUUUCGUUUUCGGAUUACUUAGUCAAGCAACGUUCAAGAGUUUACAGAG